AUGAACCCAACUUCGACUGCGGGGGGUACAUCCGGGGACGCCGACGGCAAGCGUCCCAAGAAACUCAUCUUCGCCCCCGGUGAUAUUGACCCCUCGACGGGCGACAUCUCCAUGCCCUCGGCCGCAACUCCCCCGCCAGCGCCAUCCACCGCCGCCACCCAACUCGUCGCCGAAGCCCUCCGCUCCGAGACCUCCACGCCCGACUCCGUGACCGAAAACCAGAUCGUCUCCCAUCCGGCGCGGGCACACCAGUUCGUGAGCAACCCGCCGCUCACCGUCUCCCAGAUGCACCCGACCAACCCGCUGCACCAAUUCCACAACUGGUUCCGCGACCCCCGUCUCCUCCCCUCGUCCGCCCCGGAAACCUGCACCCUCGCGACCGCCGCCUGGCCGUCCGGCCGCGUCAGCGCCCGUGUCGUCUACCUCAAGGAGCUCGACGAGCGCGGCUGGGUCAUCUACAGCAAUUGGGGCAGUCGCGAGGGCAAAGGCCGACAGGUCUGGGGCGCGGCGCCGGCCGCCACCACCGACGGUGUUGACGGGCCCCCCGCCAUCCCGAUCCAAGACGAACCGCUGCUCACCGAUGCCGACGGGCACGCCGCGGACGCCAAUGGCAACCGCUGGGCGGCGCUGACCUUCAGCUGGGCAGCGCUGGAGCGCCAGGUGCGCAUCGAGGGGCUGGUCGAGCCGCUCCGCCGCGAGGAGAGCGAACUGUACUGGCGCACGCGCGAGCGCGGCAGCCAGAUCGGCGCGUGGGCCAGCUGGCAGAGUAAGGUGCUGUGGGAGGCGGAGCCGACGUCGCUGCUGGAGCGGCGGCGGAAGAGUCUGGCGCAGGAGGGGGAUGCGACGGUGCCGCCGGUGAUCCCCGGGGACGUGAACGAGACGGACAUCGACGACGGGCGGGCGUUGCUGGAGAAGCGGGUCAAGGAGAUGGAGCGGCGGUUUGAGGGCGUCGAGGAGAUUCCAUUGCCGCCCUUUUGGGGCGGAGUGCGGAUUGUGCCCGAGAGCGUGGAGUUCUGGCAGGGGAGGCGUAGUCGGUUGCACGAUCGGUUCCGUAAAAGAUCGUCGCGUCGGGGCCUACCGGCCAACCUUUUUUGCAAUCGUUCACUCACCAAGUUCCUUCUUGCCCUGGUGGCUACCUCGACCGCUGCCCUGGCUCUCCCCCAGUCGUCGGACAGCUGCUCCAGUGCUAUUACUUGCGGUACCUGCAAUGGUUCCUCGUGCAAGAUCGGCGCUAUCAACUACUCUUGUGGACACGGUACCAGCUGCCUUGCGAGCCAUGGUGGCGGAGACGGCAAGAAGUGCUCUGGUGGAAUCGAUGGAGGUGCUGUCUGCCCUGGAACGGCAUGA